AUGGAGAGCGGUAUUUCUUAUCGUGUCCCUCCUCGCCAUGGCUCUCCACCGGCGGUGGCGACUGCUCAUUGGGACGAGCCGGACUUUAUAACGGCGACGGACGUCCUCCCCGUCCGAGUGCCCCUGGAGAGAGUCGAGAUUGGUCGGCACAGGUACGUGGCCGGUGAGCUGGGGGACCUGGAGCUGGUCUACGAGCUGGAGUCCUCCGUUCUGUCCGUCAACUGCGGCGUUAGUGGACUCGACGGAGCCUCUCUUCCGGCAUCGUUCCGAAUCAUGGACAUUUCCGCCGCUGACUUGUCGCUAGUGACUGUGAUACCGGGCUCACUGGAGAGCAUGGUAGUCAGACUCAUGUUGGAGACAGAGGAACCCGUGCAGUGCCUCGUACGGUCGUCCAGCGGAGAACAAUCCGAGGAAGCUUCUCCCCCAAAACCCACAAUCACAUCCACUGAAAGGACGAAGGAAGACGAUGGUGAUCCCACGACAAAGGAAGAAGAGAGAGUGCCACAGGUAGUGAGGAGGGUGCACAGUCGUAUAGUGAUCGCGACGGCUUCGGUUCACGAGGCGGGCCACUUACGAGACGUGCUACUGUUCCUAAAGGGAGGCUACACAGGGAAGGUGUCCCCCAAUGCCAUGUUCCUCAAUCCCAAAACACCAGCUGCAAAAGAAGAAACAGACGUGGCAGUGUCUCUUCAAGGAAGUACAGAAGAUCAACCAGAACCCGUCACCAGCAGCAUUACAUUUCUAGAGUCCCUUCCGGUGUGGGCUCGCUAUGUCCCGUGGUGGGUGUACUCUCGAAAUGUCCGAAUCUCCAUACAGAAUGUCCUCUUUCUCUACUCCCUGUUCUCCGUGGUGUGGGCUCUCUGGCAACUCUACCGAAACGUACACAUCAUUCAGCACGUCUUGGAGCCCAUCAUUGCCGGUGUGAAGGAGGUAUACCUGGCGUCAGUCAUAGAGGCAUUUGACUUGUGUCUGGCAAUGUUUACAGAGUUCUGGAUGCGCUAUCUUAGCCCACUGAACGUCUUACAAGCUUUGCUGCUCACUCCAGUCCUACAGUGCCUACCCAACACACAGAUCUUAGCCGCACUCAAGAACCUCUUCACCGGAGUGUACGGUGUUGUUGUUGUCUUUGGGCACGGUCUGUGGGACAUGCUCGGUAACCUAACGAGGCCAGUCCAACUAAUUUGGCAGGGGAUCCUCAAUUCUCGCAUUGCCGUCGGUUCACUUGACCUGAACAGAAUAAAGUUGUCGUGGGUCAUCAACUUGAUU